AUGGUGGAAAAUUCACUGUCACCAUUACCAGAAAGAGAGAUUUUGUUUUUAAGCUCCCAUUUUGGCUUUGUCCUUUAUCUUAUGUGGGCUUUUAUUCCUGAAUCUUGGCUAAACUCCUCAGGCUUAACCUACUAGCCUCAAAAAUAUUGGGCAGUCGUUCCUGUCCACCUCCUUAACAAGAUGAGUACUUCUCCACUCAACUCCAUUAAUACAAUCACAGAUAACUAUGCUAAAAAUCAACAGCAGAAGAAUUACCAAGAAGAGGCCAUCACAGCAUUAAGAAAUAUUCCUAUUAGUGAAGUAAAUCAAAUGUUCUUUCUUGCAGCCAAAGAACUUUACACCAAAAACGGAGUUGCAUGUAAAGAUACUAACAUUAAGCAUGAUAAGUUUUUGACAGAAUAA